UCUACGCUCAUCAAACAGGAAGUUUGACACAUACUGAGGUUUUCUACAGGCCAACCAGAACAAGAAGUGGGGUUGGGGCCACACGUAUAGAUCAUCAAUCUCAGCCUCGCUGAAGUCACUUCGCUCGAGUCGCAGAGGCUGUUGGCCAGAAUGUCUCUGUCUCCUGAAUGUUGUGAUGAAAAAACAGGCAACAGGGAUGGUGGUGCCCUGGCCCGGCAGAAGAGGCUGAUCUGCGGUUUGUUCAUUUGGUGCACCCUGCUGACUCUGGGUCUUGCCACGAUUGUAGUCUUCCAUUUCUUCAAAGGAGCAUCACUGGAUUCUGGCAAACAUAAUAAUCGGUCAAUAUCUGCUUCUACAACACCAUCUCCUGCUCACGGAAGUAUCACCCAAUCUUCUGAUCUCACACCUCUAAUGAUAUUUGAUCCAGAUUGGGACCAUUCAGUCAUGCUGGACCGACUCAAGUGGAAAUCUAAUUCGCAAGAGGAUUUCAUUGAUCGUUGGCUGACCUUUCAGAAGGAUGGUCUGUAUUUUCUGUACCUGCAGGUCACCCUCGAGUCGAAACAGAGUUGUAAUGUGACUGUGGAAGUGAAGGGCGAUCCAAAGAUGUCAAUUGAAAGACUCAGUUUAUCAAGUCAUAUCAGUCAAUCCAAACUCUCAACUGGUUUGAUGGGUAAAGGAUUUCCAGCAACUAAAGGAGAUUCCCUUACUGUCACUUGCAAACCUCUAGCCAAAAUAAAACGUUCUCCCACAGAAACUUACCUGGGUGUCAUCAAGAUAGGAUAAUCCUGAAUCUAAUCCUGAAGGAGCACUUUUAUAAGACUAUAACAUAAAACCGAUGACCGUAUGAAUGUGGACAGUACGGCGAGAAGCACUGAAAUACACUGGAAUGAUCAGACAACAUUUAUAAGUAAUUUUUUUCCUGAAGAGAUUUUUUCUUUCUGCGUUUAUUGCACUAUAUAUUUAAGUUUUACCAAUCUUGGACAUUAUAUUGUUAUGCUCUUCAUCAGAAAGGAAAGGUAAUGUACAGAAAGGAGCAGGACUGUAAUGGUUCCUAUGAAAAAUUGGGACCCUGUUGUUGAUCACUAUGUGAAUAUUAAUAAUGCAGUUGCACACCAGGAGGAAUAAAGAACUUUUUAAACAUAUCAAUAUACUUCUAUUUAGAUCAAAUGAAAUGAAGCUUUGGGCAAUGAAAAUGCUCAGAUGGCAUACUAACAUGAAUCACUUAAACAGCAAUGUGUGUCAUUGUUCUAUUUUCUUGUAUUUAUCUUUAUUUAUGCCAUUAAUUACACUGUUGUCUCACAGGUAUCUGACACUUUAGCCUUUCAAAUGUAUGAACGUCAUUACAUUAUAAAACCAAAUAUAAGGCGGGACUUUUAUUUCUAAAUAACGCUUACUUUGUCAGAAACGUUCGUGUUUGUCCCUGAAUGAAGCAAGAAACAAAACUAAAGAAUAUUGGUGGUUAAAGGGAAAACUGGAUGUUAAGCAUGAAACAAGAGAUAUAUUAUUAAACAUUUAACUGUCAGGAUUUAUUUGAAUGAUUUUUAGUUUUUAGUCAAGUGUUAAUGUUAUGUCUCUUUACAAUAAGCUUCCUAAAAGGUUGUGAGACUGUAUGGUAAAGAUUAUUUAACUUUAACAGAAUACAGUUGUGGUAUAUCUGUGGAAACUUGAGGGAAAUUGACUUCAUACAUCCAUAAAAACCUUAAGAGUCGGGACCAAGGUUGCAAAAUGGCUCUGGACAAAAAGAGAAAAAUAAAACCUAAAAGUCUAAGCGUUGGUUUGCAGAUCUGUUUGCAAAGCACUUCCAUUUAUACCUUGAAUGUGUCUUAUUCUUACGUAUUUUGAAGUUGCUGUAAGUGUCUCAUUUGUUUCGUUCUUAGUGUUUUGUUCUCAAGACUGAAUAUUUUUGCCCUCUAUUUAUCUCGUAACUAAAGUUAC